AUGGAGGACUCCGUGUUCGCGGAGCUCGAGCUCGCGGAGGCGGCGAAGGCGGUCGCCGGCGUGCGCGUGCGCCAGCACGUCAACCCGCUCAAGGCGUCGCUGCAGACGCAGGCGCCGGCGCCCAUCUGGAGCGACGUCUUCGCGUCGACGUCGAAGCCGCUGGUCGUGGACAUCGGUUGCGGCGGCGGGAGGUUUGACCUCAUGAUGGCGAAGCGGUUCCCGAGCACGAACUUCCUCGGCGUGGACAUCCGAGCGCCGCUCGUGGAGCGCGGCAACUCGUGGGGCGCGCACGCCGGCAUCGUGGACAACUUGCACUUCGCCGAGUGCAACGCCACGAUCAGCAUGGGCGCGUGGCUGAAGGACUACGCGGAGAGAUGCGACGGCGAGGUGGAGAUGGUGACGAUUCAGUUCCCGGAUCCGCACUUCAAGAAGAAGCAUCACAAGCGAAGGGUCGUGCAGACCGCGCUCGUGCGGGCGAUCGCGGAGGGGUUGAAGCCGGGCGCGCGGGUGUUUCUGCAGUCGGACGUGAAGGCGGUGUCCGAGGACAUGCGAGAGAAGUUUGAACGGCACGGCGCGCACCUCGCGUGGGCCGCCGCGGGCGACCGAGAGGGGUGGCUGGACGAGAACCCGCUCGGGGUGCCGACCGAGCGCGAGGUGCAGACGAUGUCCUCGAACGGACGGUGCUACCGCGUCAUGCUCGUGAGGAACGAUACGCCCGCGUGA